AUGGCGAUGCGAUCGCUCAAUUUAGUUCUAGCUCUUAUAAAGAUUUUUGUCUUGCUAUAUUGCACAUUCGGCUUGAAAAAGAAGUCAUUUGUGAGCAAAUCAUUUUGUUAUUCCUUAUACCCAGAAAUUCAGACAACAUAUGAAGUCGAAUGGCACAUACAUGGCUCUUUAUGGAUCUACAAGCAAUGUCAUGCGUUGCACAUGAAACCGAACGGUACUUUCAAGCUACUUAUGAUCUUAGCUGGUGAUGUUGAAUUGAAUCCUGGCCCAGCCUUGACAUGUACCAGUUAUUUAAAGCAAAUCAGGCGAAAUCAACUAAAGGGAACUUGUCAAAACUGUAAGCAAUGCUUCCAUAUAAAAUGUUUAAAAGAGAAUGUCAACGACACUGUGUUCUGUAGUACAUGCUACAUUCGACCGACUGAACCGAUUGAAGAGACCAGACAUGAUGAUCGGAAAAAUGAUUGCUAUGAUAACUUACGAUCGUAUAUUGCUAAAACUGGUCUUAAAAUACUGCACCAAAAUGUGAAUGGCCUUCUCUCGAAGAUUGAUAUGAUACGGGAAAUGUUUGACAGUCUCAAUAACAUUAUUCAUGUUUUGGGUGUAACAGAGAGUAAGUUAAAUUCAACGGUUUUGGAUGCCGAAGUUCGAAUUAAUGGAUAUGUAUGUAUACGACAUGAUCGCACUUCAGUAGCAGGAGGCGGGGUGAUGGCUUUCGUUCGUGAUGACAUUAAUUUUCAACGACGAACAGAUCUUGAAAAUCAGUCGAUAGCAGCAGUUUGGCUUGGACUAUUUGUAAAAUACUCAAAGUCAAUCCUUGUCUGUUUUACAUAUCGACCUCCAAACUCAUCAGAGCAUCUAAAUAAGAAUUUUAAUGAGGCAUUUAACGAAAUGGUAAUGACCGCCUUACAAGACAACAAAGAGAUUAUUCUCUUAGGUGACUUAAAUUGUGAUUACUCUAAACCAACGGACAAUAGUUGCCUGAAAGGUAUUAUGAAGAUAAACGGUCUUAAAUGAUAACACAACCGACUAGGACUACGAUGACAACAAGCUCAUUAAUUGAUAUUGUAUUAAACAACACAUGUCAGGAACAUUCUCCAAUCUUUUGUUUGUAAUAGUGGUCUUAGUGACCACUUAGUGACGGGUUAAUAAGGAAAAUGAACUGUACUAAAUAUGCACCAAGGAAAUUAUUUGCCCGCAAUUGGGAUAACGUGACCAGAAUUGGGAUAACGUGACAAGAAAUAAUGAUUUAAAUACUGCAUGGGAUGGAUUUAAAACCAUCAUUACAAAUAUAAUCAACAAACUUGCUCUACUAGACGAAAGAACUGUUCGUGGUAAAGAUUGCCCAUGGCUCACCAGAGAAAUCAAACAAAAGAUGUAUGAACGUGACUACCAGCUUCGAAAGGCAAAACGAACAAAAAAUCCUGAAGACUGGAGUCAUUACCUAAGAUUAGGGAAUCUAACAACCUAUGCAAUACGUAAGGGAAAAGCUAAUUAUGAGAGAUCCGUUUUCAACGAAAACGAAUUAGAUCCUAAGAAUUUUUCGAAACAAAUCACGAAAUGUUAUCCAGUCAAAAAUAAAUCAACAUCAAGUACUUCGUUUAAAGUAGAAAACGAAGUAAUAACGGACAAAAGCAAAAUAUCGAAUGCCUUCUGUGACUUUUUCAGCAACAUACCUUCGCUGAUGAAAACCACAACGUGUAAUUUCAUGAAUUCUGCAUGGCAGUAUAAUGAUAUGGAUGGAUUAUCAAGAAAAAUAAACCCAAGUAACCAUGAAUUUUACUUUACAGAAGUUCGUUACCAGGAAGUGCUUAGAAUCCUAGAAUCCCUAAACCCGUACAAACCUGCCGGUGUUGAUAAUAUUCCACCCAAAGUUGUCAAGGAUGCAGCCACGGAGAUUGCGAAACCGCUAGUAAUCUUGGCAAAUCGUAGUCUCCAAUGUGGUCAGUUCCCCAGUGCCGAAAAGAUUGCGAGAAUAACCCCAGUUUAUAAAUCUGGCGAGAAAACUCUGCUUGACAACUACCGACCUAUAUCCACACCGACGGUGUUUUCGAAGGUUUUAGAGAAACUCGUAUAUUAUCGAAUCUCAUGGUAUUUGGAGGAACAUAAUCUUUUUAACAACUAUCAGUAUGGUUUCCGUCAGAAUCGAUCAACGAAACAUGCUAUUACGAUCUUGAUAGAUGACGUAAGAACCGGUAUGGAUCAAGGUCAAUUGACUGGCCCAGUCUUUAUGGAUCUGCGUAAAGCUUUUGACACGGUAAACCAUGGUCGUCUUCUGGACAAACUACCAGCCUAUGGUAUUAAAGAUAUAGAAAUGAAAUGGCUUAUAAGUUACCUGUUUGCACGAGCCCAAGUUGUAAAUUUCAAAGGAACGCUCUCAGAUAAAAAAAAACCAUUACUCACGGAGUACCGCAGUGCUCCAUUCUAG